AAAUUAUUAACAACUAGUGUUAUUAAGCCUUUUAAAUAAAAAUAACCGUUAUCAUAAUAACUAAUAAACUAGUUUAAUUUAAGUUAAUUUUCAAUUGGCUUUUAUGGUUUAUGGUGUUUUUAUAAUAAAAUUAUAAACAAUUUCUUUUAACGUGAAAGCUAAUGCAAAAAAAAGUGUUAGUUCUAUUAAAACACUUGUCAACGUUUAUUUAACAAAGUGUGGCAAACGUGCAACUUAUAAGAUUUAAAAUAUAAGAAAAACAAAUAAAACAGCGUGGUGGCGGUUUGUUGCCUUGCCACAUACCACAACAGCAGCAACUAUAAUAAAAAUAAUAAUAGUAACAACAACAAGAAAUAUUAAACUAACAACAGCUACAAAAUGCCUUUUGGAUUAAGAUUUUACACAUUUAUAUGGAUAACGCUUUCAAACUCAUGGCUACCAUUCAUGCCAUUAAAACCAUCAACGUUCUACUCAACGUCAUCAUCAUCAGCGUCAGCACCAUCAACAUUAUCCUCAUCAAGUGGCAUCUUUUACUAUCACAAUGCCUUGAUGGGGGCUGAGGCACAACCAUCAUCAUUAACCGAGAAAAUUCCAUUAGGCGCCAUAUUUGAGCAGGGUACCGAUGAAGUACAAUCUGCCUUUAAAUACGCCAUGCUCAAUCACAAUCUGAAUGUAUCAUCCCGACGUUUUGAAUUGCAGGCUUAUGUUGACGUUAUUAAUACUGCGGAUGCAUUUAAAUUAUCACGUUUAAUAUGCAAUCAAUUUUCUCGUGGCGUUUAUUCAAUGCUGGGCGCUGUUUCGCCGGAUUCAUUUGAUACAUUGCAUUCAUAUAGCAAUACUUUUCAAAUGCCAUUUGUAACACCCUGGUUUCCAGAAAAAGUGCUUACACCAUCAUCCGGUUUUUUGGAUUUUGCCAUUAGUAUGCGUCCGGACUAUCAUCAAGCCAUUAUCGAUACAAUACAAUUUUACGGUUGGCGUAAAAUAAUUUAUCUCUAUGAUUCACAUGAUGGUCUUUUGCGGUUGCAACAAAUCUAUCAAGGCUUAAAGCCCGGAAAUGAAUCAUUUCAAGUUGAGAUGGUAAAGCGCAUUGCCAAUGUUACCAUGGCCAUUGAUUUCCUGCAUACACUGGAGGAUUUGGGUCGUUUUACAAAUAAAUACAUUGUACUUGAUUGCCCAACGGAAAUGGCCAAAGAGAUUCUAAUCCAACAUGUAAGGGACAUUUCAUUGGGACGUCGUACAUACCACUAUUUGCUUAGUGGUUUGGUAAUGGAUGAUCGCUGGGAAAGUGAGAUUAUAGAAUUUGGUGCAAUUAACAUAACAGGAUUUCGUUUGGUGGAUACAAAUCGCCGCUUAGUCAAAGAAUUCUAUGACAGUUGGAAGCGUUUAGAUCCAGCAACAUCUAUAGGCGCUGGUCGAGAAUCUAUUUCGGCCCAGGCAGCCCUCAUGUAUGAUGCUGUGUUUGUUUUAGUUGAAGCCUUUAACAAAAUUCUACGUAAGAAACCUGAUCAAUUUCGCAACAACAUUAGAAGAGGCCAGACAUUGAUUGCGGCAGCUUCUACAUCGGCCAAUGCUACUGGUUUACCCAACGGUGGUGGCAUGGGUGUAAUGGGUGGUUCAUCCAACUCUAAUGGUGGCAAUGGUAUGGGUGGUGGCGGUGGCAAUGGCGGUAAUAGUGGCAGCAACAGUGUGCCACGUGCACUAGACUGUAACACAUCGAAGGGUUGGGUAAACCCUUGGGAACAUGGUGAUAAAAUUUCGCGCUAUUUGAGAAAGGUUGAAAUUGAAGGACUUACGGGUGACAUUAAAUUCAACGAUGAUGGCCGACGUGUUAAUUACACUUUGCAUGUUGUUGAAAUGACAGUAAACAGUGCCAUGGUUAAGGUGGCCGAAUGGAGUGAUGACCUCGGUCUGCAACCUUUAUCAGCUAAGUAUGUAAGACUGAAACCGCAUGCUGAAAUUGAAAAAAAUCGCACAUACAUUGUAACCACUGUCCUAGAGGAGCCCUAUAUUAUGUUGAAACGUCCUAAUGUGGGUGAGACACUGGAGGGUAAUGACCGUUUUGAAGGCUAUUGCAAAGAUUUGGCUGAUUUGUUGGCAAAAAAAUUGGGCAUUAAUUAUGAAAUGCGUUUGGUUAAAGACAAUACUUAUGGCUCUGAAAAUCCAAAAGUUCAUGGUGGUUGGGAUGGCAUGGUUGGUGAACUUGUGCGUCGAGAAGCGGAUAUUGCUAUAGCUGCCAUGACAAUUACUGCUGAACGUGAACGUGUCAUCGAUUUUAGUAAACCAUUUAUGUCACUAGGUAUUUCGAUAAUGAUUAAAAAGCCAGUCAAGCAAACACCAGGCGUUUUCAGUUUCAUGAAUCCUUUAUCGCAAGAAAUUUGGGUCAGCGUGAUAUUCAGCUAUAUUGGUGUCAGUAUUGUUUUAUUCUUCGUCUCCAGAUUUUCUCCAUAUGAAUGGCGUAUUGUCCAGUAUCAAACAGCCAAAUCCUCAGGUGAAUUGAUGGGUGUAACCAUGCGUUCGACAGUGAGAAAUGCAGCUAAAUUGGCUGUAUAUGAUGAGAUUAAAAUGAGUGUAAAAAACCACCAAACAGCGCCUACAAUACGACCCGAAAUUGAUCGUGGUGACACGUCACAGCCCUGUUGCAUAAAGGCGGCCAAAGAAAACCAAAAAGAGUUCAAUAUACUAAAAUCGUUGACAGCCGCUGUGGAAUUGGUUGCACCCGGAAGAUCCCAAAUUGGUUUACACAAUAAAAUGUGGGAGUAUAUGAACUCACGCAAACAUGUCUUUGUUAGUACGUACGACGAAGGCAUUAGACGUGUUCGAACAUCAAAAGGCAAAUACGCUCUACUGGUGGAAUCACCAAAGAAUGAGUAUGUUAAUGCACGAGAACCCUGCGAUACAAUGAAGGUUGGACGAAAUCUUGAUACCAAAGGAUUUGGUAUUGCCACACCAAUUGGAUCACCACUCAAGGAUCCAAUUAAUUUAGCUGUACUCUCGCUAAAGGAGAAUGGCGAACUGAUAAAAUUGCGCAAUAAAUGGUGGUAUGACAAAACCGAAUGCAACCUCAACAAGGACAAUCAGGAAACUUCACACAAUGAAUUAUCACUGAGCAAUGUAGCUGGCAUUUUUUACAUACUGAUCGGUGGUCUACUGGUGGCAGUCUUUGUGGCCAUUAUAGAAUUUUGCUUUCGCAGUAAAUCGUCGUCAUCGUCGUCGUCAUCUGCAGCUGCCAAAAUAAAUGGUUCGAUGUUAGGUUCCACAUCAUCAUCAACACAUCAAAGAAAUUCACUGUCGGAUGCCAUGCAUUCCAAAGCAAAAUUGACUAUUCAAGCGAGCAGAGAAUAUGAUAAUGGACGUGUUGGGUACUUAAAUUGUGCCUCGUUACAGUACUAUCCUACAGCUCAAUUAAACGCCGGCACACCACCCACCGAUGCCGAGACAAUGCACAUGAAUGCGCAUGGUCAAGUUUGACAUGAACAUGCGCAGGAUACACGCCUAUGACGUACACCCUGCGCACCAACAAUACGACGCAUAAUGGCCAACAGUCGACAGGAAACCGAAAAGAUCUUAAGCAAUCACGAACAGUUGGCUGGCAGUCAAAAUAGUACACUGUUGCGUAAUCCAGAUGUAAAUCAUCCUUAUAAUAAAUGAAAUGGAACUGAUUAUCUAACGACAACAACCACAACAACUAUUUCUAAUCCAUCUCCUCCCCCUCAAUAUAUAAGUGAAAACCAUUAACAUAAAAUAUUGAUAUAGGUAAAAAUAUUUUCAUUUCUUUUAAGUUUUAUGUGAAACCGAUAUAUAAAAUUAGUUAUAAUGGAAAAAAAAUUAAAAAAAAAAACAGUUUUAACAUAUAAAUUACAUAAUGUAAGUAAAAAAGUAAAUAUUAGUUUUAAUUAUUUAAAAUAAUAGUACUAAUUAAUAAUAACAAACAAAUAUAAUAUUAAAAUUAAAUUAUUAUAAAUAUAAAAACAUAAAUAUAUUUUUUUGUAAGAUGUAAAAUGUUAAAGUCCUUAAAAAAACAUUAUUUUUCACAUUUAUCCAAAAAUUGUCAUCUUUUGUCAUUGUAGAUAAAAAAAACAAAAAAUCAAAUCAAAAGGUCAAAAACAAAAUCAAAUUAAAUCAAAUAAAAAAUGCAACCAAUAAUAAAUAACAGCUGCAUACAAAAUUAUACAAUAAAGAUGGACAAAAUAUUGUCCAAGUAAAAGAAAAUUUUGAAUUUUCAAAUAUUUUAAAAAUAUAAUCUCUGAUCAUAUCUGAUCAUUUUACAUGCAGCUGUGAAUGACACACAAUUAGCUACAGACAAAUAUAACAGAAAAACAUUAUAGAUGUACCUUAUUACAAAAUAAAACUAACACAAACAAAAUAUAAAACUAUUAAAAGAGCAACAACAAUUAAAAAAAAAAUAAUUAAUUCUAAAAUUAUGAACAUCUGAACAAAAAAUAAGCUUUUUAUAAACAACACGGAAGCUGCAGGCAACUACAACAAAAAAACCCAAAUAAAAACCACAACAAGAACUUGCAACCACAUAUACCAUAAAACAUAAGAAAAACGCAAAAACAUUAAAAAAAUAAACAAAAACCAUAAGCUAAACAUUUUAAUAAGGAUAUGAAAAAAUGUACACACAGAAAUACUAAAACUCAUUCACAUACAUCAGAACAUUAAAACUAAGGUUAUCUUUAAAUUUCCUUAAAAAAUCCCUUUGAAAAUUAAUUCAGGUCAUAAAAUUUCAAAAAAUUUACUUUCUUAAUGGGUCUACCUGUAAUAUGAACGAAUAAGUAUAAACCUAUCUCCAGUAUUGAAACAAUUGCAAUAUGCUCCAUAUUUGACAACAGGCCAUAAACAUCUUGAAAAUAUUAAAUACCAUUUUGAAAUACCUUUUCAAAAUACCUUCGUAUGUACAUAUAUAAACAAUUCAAUGCCAAUAUUAAAUACCCAGCAGGUCAACAAAGAGUCAAAGGCAAUAAUUUCCAUUUCGGUCUUACUACCGGGAUACCACUAUUUCGUCUUUAGUCAUGCAUGUACUCUUUGUAUCCGAGGAUAAGGAAAAUCGUCACUUUAGUGGGCAAUUGAAAAACAACUAAAGCCUAUUGCAGCCUCUCCGUAAUCUAUGGGAUGAUAGACUUCCAUGUAAGACAAGCACAUGUUAAAAUAGCUAGUCACCUGAACACUCGGUGGCUAGGAGUAACCCAAAAUGUAAGGUUCGCGAAAGUCCGACAUAACGGCUGGGUAUGCCAAUAUAAUAGUUAAAUAUUCAUACAUAGUAAUAACGCAUUUGUGUAAUAUUUCAAACAACUUAACCCACACAGUAAAUAAAGUACUGGUUCCGUUCUACUUCAAUUCCAGUUAUUUUUUAGUUCAGUUGUAAUUCUGUUACAGUUCUAGUUUA